AUGGCGGCCCCGCUGGCGGCGGCGGGCGGCGGCGGCGGCGGUGGGGGGGCGGCGCCGGCGGGAGCAGGCGGGAGGGGGGCCCGCGGGCCGGCCCUGCGGGAAGGGGCGCGGGUGUCGGCGCUGUGCCUGGCCUGGUACGGGCUGAGUGCCGGCGGGAACGUGGUGAACAAGCUGCUGCUCGGCGGCUUCCCGCGGCCUGUUACCGUCUCGCUCUUCCACAUCCUGGGGCUGUGCGGGCUCCUGCCGCCGCUGCUGCGCGCUUGGCGAGUGCCGCCCGCGGGCCCUAGCCAGCUGCCGCCCCGCGCCUACCCCCGCUACAUCCUGCCGCUCGCCUUCGGCAAGUACUUCGCCUCCGUCUCCGCGCACGUCUCGCUCUGGCGGGUCCCGGUUUCGUACGCGCACACAGUGAAGGCGACGAUGCCGAUCUGGGUGGUUCUCUUGUCGCGGAUCAUCAUGAAGGAGAAGCAGACAACCAAGGUGUACUUGUCUCUGAUCCCCAUCAUAACUGGUGUCCUGUUGGCCACUGUCACGGAACUGUCCUUUGACAUGUGGGGGCUCAUCAGUGCACUUGCUGCUACUCUGUGUUUUUCACUUCAGAACAUCUUCUCAAAGAAGGUGUUAAGAGAUUCCCGGAUACACCACCUUCGGUUGCUGAACAUCCUCGGGUGCCACGCUGUGUUCUUCAUGAUCCCCACCUGGGUUUUGGUAGAUCUUUCGUCCUUCUUAGUAGAGAACGACCUGAGCACCAUGUCUCACUGGCCCUGGACCUUGAUGCUGCUUGUAAUCAGUGGAUUCUGUAACUUUGCCCAGAAUGUCAUUGCCUUCAGUAUCCUGAACCUCAUCAGCCCACUCAGUUACUCCGUGGCAAACGCCACGAAGAGAAUCAUGGUGAUCACCGUGUCCCUUAUCAUGCUUCGCAAUCCGGUGACAAGCACUAAUGUCCUUGGAAUGAUGACAGCAAUCUUGGGGGUCUUCUUAUACAACAAGACAAAAUACGAUGCAAACCAAGAGGCCAAGAAGCAGCUCCUUCCAAUCACAACCGGAGACCUCGUGACCUUGGACCGGCAUCGAGGCGCUCCCGAGAAGGCUCAGAACGGACUGGCAGCAUUUGCCCCGCACGGAGACUUCCAGCACAGCCGGACCAGCGUCUUGACAGACCACUUCCAGUACAGCCGGCAGAGCUACCCUGCUGCCUACAACUUCAAUCGUUUUGAUAUCUAGAGCCCUGGCAGCCAGGUAGAGACUGUGGUACCCAAGUGUCCCCAGCGUUGUCAGAAACUUUGCAGUACAUCCGUGAAUGUAAAAGCCAUCUCGUUGCGCAGCUCUCGCAGAAGGGAAGGUGCAUGGGGAGGGGAAGCGGUACAGGCCCUUGGCUUCUGCUGAGCAGGCUGGAGGUGUGAGCAGCUGGGCCCGGUGCUGGAGCUCACCACAGUGUAGGUCCUGGGGAAAUGCCCAUAUGGAACCACAGAGUGAGACACCUGCUGUGCUGCUCCUCCUUGUCAGAGUCUGUCAACUGAGCUUUCUUUUGGCAGAUCAGUUCUGGCCAGUAUUCUGUUUCCACACUGGUAGCAUCACCUUUAAUUUGAUCUUUCCUUUGUGUUAAUGAUGCUUUAUUUUAAUGAAACUUUCAGAAAGAAGGGAAAUUUAAGGCAUCCUCUGGUGACCAGGAUUUGUUUAUUGGAGAAGGAUGACUUCAGUUUGUCAGGUGCAGAUUAGGUAGAGCUGAGUUCAUCUCUAGCAACUACGAAACCCCAUGUAGGUGUUAACUGUUUUGUGCCUGUGCCUUCAGUUUAUGAUGACAAACCAGAAGUGUAGCUGGAAGGGCAGGCAGUGGGAUGAUUCCUCUCAUCAAGAAGCAUACUUCAGGUGUAGAGAAUGGAGUUCUCUAGGAACACUGCUGUCCCAGUCACUGCAGAUCACAAGUGGAGCUUGUGAUCAUAAUUGUUCUCUAAGUAGUCCUGUAACUUCAUCACUGCUCCUCCUCAACCAUGCAGACAACAUUUCCACAAAUAAAGUGUUUGGAAUAAUCUGAUUUUUCUGCUGGCUUCAAGCCUGUUCUUACCAAACUCUUCAGUUGCUUUCACAGUGGAAAGGUUUCAGGCAUUUUCCUCUCCCUUCCAUGCAUUGAUUAUUCUCUCUUAUCUGACUCAUAUAUUAUGAAUGAAUUGAUUUGAAUAAUCCUAAUUCCUAAUUGUUUCCCAAGUCUUAUUUUAGCUUCUGGUUGGGUUUUUAAGUUUCUCAAUUCCUGCUGCUAGAGUUGCUGGGGGCUUCAGUGGGAAACUGACUUCUGCUUCUCACUGAAGGAAGUUAAACAUAUCCUGCUCUGUUCCCACGACUCUCCUGGCCCAGACAGAGGAAACUGUUCAGAAAAUAUGAUUUGAAUGAGCAGUAAAUAGAUAAUUUCUGAUUAAGAAGAACUGUUUCUGGUAGUUAAUUCUGGAGAAGCUGAUUGUUGUCAGGCACUGCAUUUGUGCAUGAAAGGAGCAGAACCAGCUGAAGGUGGGUUUGCUGAAGCAGGUGGUUUCUGUUACUGCUGUGGCAAAGUGAGAGUUUGGAGACCUUAACAGAAGAGCUGUGGUACUGUGAGGCUUCUGAUAGCCUGGUUGGAUUUUUACUAGAAAGGUAUUAAACACCAGUGACAAAAAUCAGGGUGUGGUACUGAACCCUCCCUGCACUUAUUUACUGCUUUAAAAUGACCAAUGCAAGGUGAUGAUUUGGCUCCUUUCUGGAGAGUGAACAAUUUCAAGUGCACAGUCAGCUGAUCUUAACUCUUUAGGCUGGCUGUGGACACUGUUACAUAGACUCCCUCCCAACCACACAGCCCAAUAGAGGAAAUGAUCACAGGUGGGUUUAAGGAUGCUGCUGCUAAUGUGUUGUAUUGGAACUUCUUUGGCUUGGUUGGAGUUGAAACUGUUCCUGCUAGUUUUAAACUUGGGCUUUUAGCUUAGAAAAUCUUAAUAAAUUAUUCCCUAGUCCAGGAUCAUGAGGAAAAGGAUCCCUGCAGAUUAAAUUCCUUUUGCCUGUCCAGUGUUAAUUGCUGUAUAGUUGUUUCUUUUCAUCAUGGGCAAGUGCAGAAUGUGUACUCCUGAGGCUGCUUCCCAAUGUUUAAAAGUGCUUUUACAUACAGGGUAAAAAGGAUUGUCUGGACUUGGGGUGUGGAUUAGGUUCUGGCUCUGCAUAAGGCUGAUUUGAGGAUGAGAUGUUUCUGCUGAGGUUUUUAAGAGGGGCUGAAGUUCUCUGGCUGCUUUCAAAGCUGUGAACUGUUAGACUCCUGCAAAUGCUUCAUUGUGUUCUUUGUGCCUCUGUUUUCUGUUUGGAAAAGGGGAGAAUUCUUCCCUACUUUUUAGGAGGAUGAAAUACCAGAAGGAAGUAGCAGUUGGAGCCCUAGGGGUGUGCAGCCAUGCUGGGAGUUCACCUGUACAUGUUCUGCUGCUGUACCAUCACUGCACAACUUGAACUGUUACCUGAAAUAAAGCUCCACAAACUGGAUUCACA